GCUUUUAUUUUGAAAUGUGAUGACACUGUUUGUAUCUGCACAUGUUUGCUCAGAGAGAGAGAGACAGAGAGAAGCAGUUCAGAAGCAGAAGAGAUAUCGUCGAGUUGUAAUCAGCAGGUUCUCUGAUCCACAGACAUGAGCCCAGUUCUUCCUCCAGAUCUCACCAUCGUCCUGAUUGGAAAAUCAGGAGUUGGUAAAAGUGCUUCAGGAAACACCAUCCUGGGACGACCAGCGUUUGAGUCAAAGCUGGUCUUUAAACCAGUGACGACAGAGAUCUCUGAACAAACAGGAAAUGUGUUCGGGAAACAGAUCUCAGUGGUCGACACUCCAGGAAUAUUAGACACCAAGGACACAGAGAAGGAGAUUAAGAAGUACUGUCAGGAUCUCCUGCAGUCCUCCAGACGUUGUCUGUUUCUGGUGGUGAUCAGAGUUGGACGGUUUACGAAGGAGGACCAGAAGGCUGUGAAGACAGCUAGGAAAGUCCUCGGGCCCCGGGGGAUGGAAAAGAGUUACCUGCUCUUCACUGGUGGUGAUGAGUUAGAGGGCACAGUGGAGAAGUUUAUCUUUCAAGAUGGAGAUGAAGGAAUGCUUCCAGAUGUUGUUAAAAAGUUUGCGGGGGCGUAUCACCUCUUCAACAAUAAAGAUGACGAUGAAGAACAAGUCAGAGAGCUGCUGCUGAAGUCCGGCCACCUCCCAACCCAGGACCAACCUGAUUCACCAGCUGCUGAUUCCAAAAACCGGAGGGUGAUGCUGCUUGGUCUUCCUGGAGCUGGAAAAAGUUCCUCUGGGAACACCAUCUUAGGAUCUGAUCAGUUUAAAUCAGGCUGUGACUUUGAUUCAGUCAGUGCUGAGACUGUCUCUGAGUCAGCAGAGGUUGAGGGUCGUCAGGUCACGGUGGUCGAUACUCCAGGAAUCACUGACAAGGUUCUGACUCCUCAAAAGCUGUAUCUUGAGAUCAUGAAGUCAGUAGUAGAGGCCAGUCCAGGACUGCAUGCCUUUGUUAUUGUGGUCAGACUAGGUAGAAUCACUGAAAAAGACAUCAACCUGUUUGAGAUGCUGCAAAAACUGUUUAGCAGAGAUGCUCUGAAGUACUCCAUGGUGCUUUUUACUCAUGGAAACGAGCUGGGAGGUCGGUCCAUUGAGGAUUUGAUCCAGUCCAACCAACAUGUCUCUGAUCUGGUCUCCAUGUGUGGUGGUAGAUUCUCUGUGUUGGACAACACAAAGAGAGGAAACAAGGCACAGGUCAGAACCUUCCUGAGUAAAGUAGAUGAGAUUGUCUCAGAUAAUGGUGGACAGUACUACACCGAUGAGAAGUUCAGGAUGGUUGAGACAUUCUUUAAUGAAGACAGGAACCUGUCAGGUGAAGCAGGACAGUCAAAACACAGUGUAUGGGAAAGAUUUAAGCGUUUCAUAGUGACUCAUAAAUAUGAGUGUAUCUUCCUGGGUGUAAUAGUAGCAACAGCAGCAGUAGUAGGAGCAGUACUACUAACAGGAGCAACAGCAGCAACAGCAGCAGGAGUAGCUACAGGAGUAGGAGCAGAAGCAGCAGUAGGGACAACAGCAGGAGUAGGAGCAGCAGCAGGAGUAGGAGCAGCAGGAGGAGUAGUAGCAGCAGAAGGAGUAGUAGCAGCAGGAGGAGUAGUAGCAGCAGGAGGAGUAGUAGCAGCAGCAGAAGGAGUAGUAGCAGCAGCAGAAGGAGUAGUAGCAGCAGUUUAUGGUUUCUCAGUCAUGGAUCCAGAUCCAGAUCUCACCAUCGUCCUUCUGGGAAACACCGGAGUCGGUAAAAGUGCUUCAGGAAACACCAUCCUGGGACGACCAGCGUUUGAGUCGAGACAAUCCUUCAGACCAGUGACAACGCAGAUCUCUACACAAACUGGAACUGUGUUUGGGAAACAGAUCUCAGUGAUCGACACUCCGGGAAUAUUUGGAUCUGAGAGGGAGAUUCAGACCUGCGUCCUGCAGUCCUCCAGACCUCGUCUGAUCCUGGUGGUGUUCAGUGUCGGACGGUUCACCAAAGAACAAGCUGAGGUUGUGAAGGCAGUAGAAAGAGUCCUCGGACCUCAGGGGUUCAGUAAGUGUCACCUGGUCUUCACACAUGGAGACGCCUUACAGGACCGGUCUCUGGAGGAUUUCAUCUUUGGAGAUGAAGAAAGUUCAUCGUACCAUGCAGCAUUUUCAGGGAGAUGUCAUCUGUUCAACAAUAAAAACGGAGAAGAGGAACAAGUCAGAGAGCUGCUGAUGAAGACAGGCCACCUCAGAACCCAGCAGCUACCUGACUCACCAGGUACCGUCUUAUAG